AUGUGUCUAAAAUCGCUAACGAUCCUACUCUUCUGGCCUCAUUGGCAAGUGAGGAAACGCUCAUCGCUCGCGCUGGAGCGAAUCCUCGCUGUUGAAGAAUCUCAUUUUGCUGAGGCGUUAGCUGAUGUGAUAUUUACGGAGACCAUCAAUGGGUUUGUGGAUCAGACACUACGCAAAGUUAUGCAGUGUCAUCAAGACCCACUGUCAUUUUCGGUUCCCGGCGAGUGGUACGUGCAGGUUCUGAGAUUGCUGCUUACGCCGAAAGGACCGGAAAUGGAAAAGCUCGCCAUCCACACGUUGCUGUUGGCUUCGAUCCAGAGACUAGUGGAGGUCGAUGGGUCGGUGUGGUUGAGGUGGAUGCACGGACAAGCUAGUACUGCUCAUUUAGAGACGAGCGAUCUCUUCAAGGAAACAGCCAUCAGUUUGGUUCUCCGUUGCCCUGAUCGAGGCGUU